CACGGAUCCAAAAAUGUUGAACACGACCUCCUCCCACCCGAAAUAUUUUAUACUUCUUGGAAUUCCUGGUCUGGAAACCUCUUACGUCUCCCUAGGCUUCAUCUUCUUCCUGAUGUACGCGAUCUCGCUGAUCGGAAACUUGACUCUCCUGUCGAUCAUCAGACUGGACCGGAGCCUCCACGAGCCCAUGUACCUCUUCCUCUCCAUGCUCUCCUCCAUAGACCUCGUCCUGACCAGCACCACCACGCCCAAGGUGUUGGCCAUCCUUUGGGUAGACGCCAAAGACAUUUCCUACGAGGCCUGCCUGACCCAAAUGUUCUUCAUCCACGCAUUCACCUGCAUUGAGUCCUCCAUACUGCUCGCCAUGGCGUUUGACCGCUACGUGGCCAUCUGCCACCCUCUGAGGUACACGUCUAUCCUGACCCUUCGUGGGGUUUUAUUCAUUGGUCUGGGUUCUCUCGGGAGGGGGGUUGGGACGGUGAUGCCUUUACCAAUUCUCUUCAGGAGAUUAUCUUUGUGCCAGGACAAUAAUGUCGUCCACCACUCCUUCUGUGACCACAUAGCGGUGGUGAAGUUGGCGUGCUCUGAUGCCACGUUAAACAGUGUUUAUGGAUUGGCGACGGCUCUUCUCGUAGUGGCUGUAGACUUGAUCUUCAUAGCCUGGUCCUACGUUCUCAUCCUCCACGCCGUGUUCCGGUUGAAGUCCAGAGAGGCCCGGCUGAAGGCCCUCAGUACCUGCGCCUCCCACAUCUGUGCCAUCCUCGUCUUCUAUCUCACCGUGGUCCUCUCAUCUGUGGUCCAGAGGUUUGCGAAGACGGUCCCUCUCUAUGUCAUCAUCCUGCUGGCCAAUGUCUACCUGAUGUCGCCUCCUUUCAUCAACCCUCUGAUAUACGGAAUGAGGACCAAACAGAUCAGGCACAGGAUCGUGACUCUGCUGCAUUGUCGGGUUACAAAUAAAGAUUGA